AUAAAUCCACUCAUCUCCAUCAUUAUUCUAACAACCCUCAUUCUAAGUACGACAAUCGUAAUAACUAGCUCCCACUGAUUAUUUGCCUGAAUCGGAUUUGAAAUAAACACAAUAGCUAUUAUCCCCAUUAUAAUAAAAAUUCCCAACCCCCGAGCUACAGAAGCUUCAACUAAAUAUUUUUUAACACAAGCCACUGCAUCUAUACUUCUUAUAAUAGCCAUCAUUAUUAACUCAAUAUACUCCGGUCAAUGAACUAUCAUAAACCUUUUUAAUCCAACAGCAUCAACACUAAUAACAAUAGCCCUAGCCAUCAAACUAGGAUUAUCCCCAUUCCACUUCUGAGUACCCGAAGUAACACAAGGUGUUCCCCUAAUUACAGGCCUAAUCCUACUCACAUGACAAAAACUCGCACCAUUGUCAAUCCUUUACCAAAUCUCAUCAUCUAUUAACUUAAACUUAAUAUUAACUAUAUCCAUACUCUCAAUCCUAAUUGGAGGCUGAGGUGGACUAAACCAAACACAACUCCGAAAGAUCAUAGCUUAUUCAUCAAUUGCCCAUAUAGGAUGAAUAACAACUAUUUUACUAUACAAUCCAACUUUAACUCUACUAAACCUAUUAAUAUACAUUAUAAUAACCUUCACAAUAUUUAUAUUACUAAUCCAAAACUCUACUACCACCACACUAUCAUUAUCCCAAAUAUGAAAUAAAAUACCUAUCACCACAACCCUCACCAUACUUACCCUACUCUCAAUAGGAGGACUCCCUCCACUCUCAGGAUUUAUACCUAAAUGAAUAAUCAUUCAAGAACUGACAAAAAACGAUACCCUUAUCCUACCAACACUUAUAGCUAUAACAGCACUACUCAACUUAUAUUUCUACAUACGCCUCACUUAUUCCACAGCACUAACCUUAUUUCCCUCCAUAAACAAUAUAAAAAUAAAAUGACAAUUUCACUCCACAAAACGAAUAAUCCUUCUACCAACAGCAAUUGUAAUAUCUACAAUACUCCUACCCCUCACACCAAUAAUCUCCAUUCUACUAU